ACCCCGAGCUGUGCCUGUGAGAGCUAAGUCGUUCUGAGCGUGUUUCACCUGCAGCAGCUGAGGAUCUGGGGCAGCGUCGGUAGCUGAACUGUUCUUUUUCCCAUCAGCUCGACUCUGUCUCGACGGGGAGAGAAAUCACAGCGUAGCAAACACUGAGCGCAAGUCACCUUGGCCGGGACAUUAUGGGCUCAGCAAGCAGGUGUGAGCAUCACCACGCAGCGGGCAGGCUUCUUGUGUAAGGUGGCUUCCCAUCCCCGCCGUGGAUCGUCGCCCGCUGCUCAUUCGGCAGGGAGGAUGGAGUCGCCGGCUUGAAAAGCCUCUCCCCGUCCCUUCCUGGGGACCGCGCCGGAGCGGAUAAAACCUCCCGGUGCAGACCAGCUGGGGGGCUCGUGGCGAUGCUGGCUGCCGGCUGAGCGGGCCCGGGGGGCCCUUGUUCCCGGCCGGGCUGAGCUGAGCACUUGGGGGAAAGUUACCCGACCUGUUCGCCUGUGCCCUGGGAGCUGCUCCGCCGCUCCGCUCGCUCGGAGGCUUCGCCACUGAGUCACCAUUACCUCGCCCAGCAAGGAGGAGCUGGUCGCGCUCGCUGCCCGGCUCUGGCAGAGGAGGAAGCGGCUGCUGGCCGCGGCCGGGCUGGCCCUCGCCAUGGGAGUCGCGCUGCUCAUCGCCGUCCCGCUGCUGCUGCAGGCGGCCCCCGAGAGCGCGGCGCACUACGAGAUGAUGGGCACCUGCCGCAUGAUCUGCGACCCCUAUAGCGGCGCCGGCGCCCGGGCCGGCGGCCCCAGCAGCACGGCCGCCGUGGAGGCGCUGCAGGACCUGGGCGCCAACCCCCCGCCGCCCUUCCUCCCGGGACCCAAGGGGGAGCCCGGCCGGCCGGGCAAGCCGGGGCCCCGGGGCCCGCCAGGGGAGCCGGGGCCCCCCGGCCCCAGAGGGCCGCCCGGAGAGCGGGGAGACUCGGGCAAGCCGGGGCUGCCGGGGCUGGCGGUGGCCGGGGCCGGGGCCCCCGGGGCGGGCGCCGCCGGGGAGGUGAGCGGGGCGCUGAGCGCGGCCUUCAGCGGCCCCCGGAUCGCCUUCUACGUGGGGCUGAAGAGCCCCCACGAGGGCUACGAGGUGCUCAAGUUCGACGACGUGGUGACCAACCUGGGCAACCACUACGAGCCGGCCACGGGCAAGUUCAGCUGCCAGGUGCGGGGCAUCUACUUCUUCACCUACCACAUCCUCAUGCGCGGCGGGGACGGCACCAGCAUGUGGGCGGAUCUCUGCAAGAACGGCCAGGUGCGGGCCAGUGCCAUUGCGCAGGACGCCGAUCAGAACUACGACUAUGCCAGCAACAGCGCCGUGCUGCACCUGGACUCGGGGGACGAGGUAUACGUCAAGCUGGACGGAGGCAAAGCACACGGCGGCAACAACAAUAAGUACAGCACUUUCUCUGGCUUUCUUUUAUACCCCGAUUAAAAGGGUGGCCGAUUGCAUCGUAUCCACCUCCCCGCCACUGUCUCUACGGGUCAGUUUCGCGUCGUUCUCCAUUUGUACAUUUGAUUGGUGGAAACAAAACAAGCAAGCCCCCACCCCAGCCCUAGGUGUGUCUCUGUCCUUGUGUUUGUUACACAACGAGAUCAGCGGCUUGAAACUGACCAGCACCUUGGUUCCAUGAGUGUAUAAAAGAUUCCAGGGUAAACCUGUCACUCACACUAAGUUAGAACUGCUCAGUCUUGGCACCUUUUGCUUUAUUAUUAUCAUCUUGAUUGACUGAUUGAUCUGAAGAGUGGGACUGAAUUAUAACAUGCCUUGGUGCUUCUUACGCGGUUUGUUUGUUUGUUUGUAUGGGGUCAAGUGUAACUUUCUUCUUUCCUUUUCCAUGCAAUGCAAUACGUGUGUGAAUGAUGAUGAAAUGAACGUCAAGUCUCUGUUCCUGUCUGGCAAACAAUCUAACCACCACCAACAAAAAAAUCAUAUUAAAUUAUGUUUUUAGACAA